GUUGCUUGAACAGUCACAGAUUUCAUUGGCUUUAAUGUCAGACAUGAAACUCUUCUUGUUAAAGCAUUGAAAUCGAGCUGCAAGCAAUAGCAAGUGACAAUUUGACAUCAAAUUAUAUACCUUAACACCUUUAAUUAGAUACUGGCGAACCAAUUAACACCCGCCCACUCAAGCACAGCCAUUCAUUAGACGCUAAUGAUGACAUCAGACAGGAAAGCAUCGACAGGUCUACAUAUAUGUAUAAAUAAGAGAGCACCUUGAGCUGUGUCCACAGUUGUGCUGCUAAAUAGGGAACUAAAAAUGAGACAGGAACUUCAGACAAUGUCCACACCGGACAUGCCCAUUUUUGGCAUUACGUUGCGUUUAAUGAAAUUCUGGUCAUAUCUAUUCGUUCACAAUUGGCGACGCUAUUUGGCCCUAACGCCCUAUGCCCUCAUCAAUGUGACCCAAUACGGUGAUAUCUACCUAAGUUCCGAGCGCCUCGACUUUAUCAUACGUAAUGUCUAUCUGACUGUGCUCUUUACCAACACAAUUGUGCGUGGCGUCCUGCUCUGUGUGCAACGUGGCCGAUACGAACGUUUCCUAGAACUCUUGAAAGUCUACUAUCUUCAGCUGCUGAAUUCUUCAGAUGUGCAUAUUUCCGAAUUGAUAGCGAAGACGACGCAACUCUCCAACUUGAUCGGUCGCAUUAAUUUACUAAUGGGCAUUUGCACUUGCAUUGGCUUUGUAACAUAUCCGAUAUUUGGGUCCGAGCGCGUGCUGCCCUAUGGCAUGUAUAUUCCCGGCAUCGAUAAAUAUGCCAGCCCUGCCUAUGAGGUAUUCUUUGUGGUGCAGGUCAUAAUGGCGCCGAUGGGCUGCUGCAUGUACAUACCGUAUACGAAUCUGAUUGUUACCUUCACACUGUUUGCCAUUCUCAUGUGCCAGGUGCUGCAGCACAAGCUGCGCACCUUGCGGCAAUUGCCAGGCAUUCGAGUGCGUGACGAAAUUAUAUGGUGCAUACGAUAUCAGCUCAAGCUGGCUGGCCUGGUCGAUGCCAUGAAUGCAUUGACCACCCAUUUGCAUCUGCUGGAGUUUCUAUGCUUUGGCGCAAUGCUUUGUGUGUUGCUCUUCUCGUUAAUCAUUGCACCAACAAUAGCUCAGUUUAUAAUCGUGAUUUUCUAUAUGAUCAUGAUAUUUUCCAACACUGUUGUGCUCUACUACGUGGCCAAUGAGCUUUACUUUCAGAGUUUCAAUAUAUCCAUUGCCGCCUAUGAGAUCAAUUGGAUGGAUCUGGAUAUAGAGACACAGAAAGUAGUAAUGUUUCUCAUGAUGCGUUCUCAAAAGCCACUCGCAGUAAGCAUAAAUCUUCCUAAAUUCAUAUUUAUACUUAUAUAUGUGUAUAUACAUGUAUAUAUUAUAUAUUUGAUACAUCCCCAGGUACUUGUUGGCGGCGUUUAUCCAAUGAAUCUAAAGAUGCUGCAGUCGCUGCUGAACGUCAUCUAUUCGUUUUUCACGCUGCUGCGACGCGUCUAUGGCUGAGCUGCUUUUAAGUUCUUUGUACACCGGACAAUUGCCAUAGAUUGAUUGCAUUUUCGCUUCUUCUUCUACUUAUACUUGUAGCUCUCUUUUUUUUUUUUUUUUUUUUUGGCCAAUAAACGUUUGCCUCAAUUCGAUUGCAUGUCUAAAGCGGUUGCAAAAGCAAGUGAAAUAAACUAUAAUAAAAAUGCGUCUGCGUCUGGCUCUGCUCCAUUGUGUAGCCCCUGCCCAAGUGCCCGGAGCAGCUGGAUACUGAGCUCUGUGUCCGACUCGCCUAUGCUAUGUCUGUGUGCGUGUGUGUGUGUGUGAGUGUUGGCUCUAUUGGCUAUGCCCGGCA